CCAGUCACAUGACUACAGUCAAUAAAAAUGAAAGCAUCGCUAGCCUGGACGGAAAUUGUUGCUCUUAUAAUUAUCCUUAAGGUGUGUUUUAACGCGAGUCAUCAGCUGACUGGGCUGCAGGUAUGUUCGCUGUGUGCUGGGCUAGUUCGAAACAAUUCCGAAGUGGAUCGGUUCUGUUCUUCAUCCGCCGGACGAAUAGAUAGGAGAUGCUGUCUAUCAAAUGAUAACUCCAGUGACCCUGAACGCAUCAUCGGGUUGGAUUUAUCAAAUUGUUCACUGACUACAGUUGAAGACCUUUCAGGGGCCUCUGAAGUAUUAAUGGUAGAUCUGUCACUGAAUCCCAUUGUCAACAUCAGUGAAAAGGUCUUCUUAGGAUUUCUGGACCUAAAUUAUGUAUUUUUACCAGAGGACAUAGGUUGUCCGGGCGGGAACGUUUCAUGGCAACAAGUGACAGUUGAAAAGGGAAGACGGUUUUGCAAGGGCCAGACAAACAUGUGCAACCAGACAAGACAGAUGUCAAUGAGCUGUCCGGAAAAUUCCCUUUGCUGUCCUGAUGGUCCUGGCUUCUUUCAGUGCAAAUGUUCUGAAAGUUAUCAUGGAUAUAAAUGUCUCCGACAGGGUGACUUCCCACCCCUUAAGGUGUUUGGGCCCCUGGCAGGAUCAACGGUUCUGAUCUCCUUCCUGCUGUGGGUCACGCAGAGACGUAAAGCCAAAUCUCUCUGAAGAUAAGUUGCUUUUAAUAAGACAAGAAACUGACUCCUGAAAGAGAAAAUAAUGCUGACAAAGCCUGCUGUGGCAGCAUGCUCAUUUGUAAACAUUUUACAAUGUUUUUUGUUGUUUUUUUUUCGGUGCCGCUUUGACAAAAAAAAAAAAACUGACGUUUUAAAUAUAAAUGAUGCAA